AUGCAUUGGUGGUUACUCAUAUUUCUGGUGCACCAUGCCACCGAAGGAUUCCUCCAGGAGCAUGACCUUGUGCUGGAGUCGGAUUAUGGUGCCGUGGAGGAGCCAUUGCGCACUUCGAUGCUGCAAAGCCAUUUCCUGCUGGAGUUCGCUCUGCGCCACAAGCACAUCCCCCGGCUGACCCUCUUCACGUGCCAGGACCCAUCAUCAUCAUCGUCACCGCAGAUACCCCUGGCCAAGACCCAGGCCGAACUCCUUGGCGUCGCCUUCGCGGCUAAGAAUGUGCAGCUGAUUAAGAACCUCUACCAAAACGAGCUCUUUGUGCGGAUUGUGCAGCUGGAUGAGCUGGCUCAAAUGACGCCACAACCAGGAGGAGGAGGACGACGCCCAGGCAGUGGGCCAUCCGGUGGAUUCAGUCAGACGCCAAGCCAGGCACAGAGUCUCGCCGAGUGGUUGGACUCAGUGCUGCAGAUGGAGGCCCUCAGGCAAAUUGCAGUCGUGGAUCUGGCAUGCGGCUCCCUUAGUCGACGAUUUCUCGAGUUGGCUUCCACCAAGAUGCUCUACAGCGAGAAGUUUCACUGGCUAUUGAUAGAGGAUUUUGCCUGGCAAGGAAGACUGUCGACGGAGGUGAAGGAGUUUCCUAUGGCAAAGGAGAAGGAGAAGGAGAAGCCAUCAGGACAAUAUCUACAGACAUCAGGCGAUGAGGAGGUGCCCACCAUUGAGAGCUUCUUGGGGGGCAUGAACCUGUAUAUGAACACCGAACUGACACUGGCCAAGCGAAUGUCAGAGGCAGCCCAUUACACGUUGUUCGAUGUGUGGAAUCCCGGACUCAACUAUGGCGGACACGUCAAUCUCACCGAAAUUGGCAGCUUCACGCCCUUGAAGGGAAUCCAGCUGCAUGACUGGUUUCGGACCACGUCCACAGUGCGCCGUCGGAUGGAUAUGCAACAUGCGAGGGUUCGCUGCAUGGUUGUGGUGACCAACAAAAACAUGACGGGCACCCUGAUGUACUAUCUCACGCACACGGUGUCCGGUCACAUCGAUACGAUGAAUCGCUUCAACUUCAAUCUGCUGAUGGCUGUGCGCGACAUGUUCAACUGGACGUUCGUCCUUUCGCGUACCACAUCCUGGGGAUAUGUGAAGAAUGGUCGAUUCGAUGGUAUGAUUGGUGCUCUCAUUCGCAAUGAGACGGAUAUUGGUGGUGCACCGAUAUUUUACUGGUUGGAGCGGCACAAAUGGAUCGAUGUGGCCGGUAGAAGUUGGUCAAGUCGUCCUUGUUUCAUCUUUCGGCAUCCAAGGAGUACGCAAAAGGAUCGUAUUGUAUUUCUACAGCCAUUUACCAAUGAUGUUUGGGUCUUAAUUAUGGGUUGUGGUAUUAUCACAGUCCUUAUACUUUGGCUACUCACUACGAUCGAGUGGAAACUGGUGCCUCAUGAUGGUUCUGCUUUGAUAAAGCCAAAGGGAGGAGCACCACCACCGCGUCAUAAUUAUCAGCAGGAGGAACAUCAUCAUCAGGAGACGCUGGAAGUGCGUCCUGUAACUGCAGCCUCGGUGGUUCCAAUUGAGGAGAAAGUACCCGAAGAAGAUGAGGACACAGUUAUGCCCAUCGAUGCCGGAACUCUUUGGCAACGCUGCUAUAUGAAACUCAACAAAUACCUAAAGGAACGCAAAGCCAAGCAGAAGAAAUCACCGGAAAGAGUUGGUCUCUUCCUGGAGUCAGUUCUAUUUUUCGUGGGAAUCAUUUGCCAACAGGGUCUCGGAUUUUCCACCAGCUUUGUUUCAGGUCGCUGCAUUGUGAUUACCAGUUUGCUCUUCUCGUUUUGUAUCUAUCAGUUCUAUUCGGCCAGUAUUGUGGGUACUCUGUUGAUGGAGAAACCAAAAACAAUCAAGACUUUGAGUGAUUUGGUGCACAGUUCACUGAAGGUGGGAAUGGAGGAUAUACUCUACAAUAGGGAUUACUUUUUGCACACCAAAGACCCCGUUUCCAUGGAAUUGUAUGCCAAAAAGAUAACCAGCUUGCCAACCACCAAAGAAAAUGAAGCCGAUGAAGAUGAGCCUGUGGAUGCGGCAGCCUCAUCUACAGAUCCUGCUAAAUCCUAUCGUGAUAUUGUCCACAGUCAUGAGACAGGAGCCCAUGCCAAGGAUAACUCGGCCAGCAAUUGGUUAGAUCCAGAAACGGGUUUACGUAGAGUUAAGCAUGAACGUUUUGCCUUUCAUGUGGAUGUGGCUGCUGCUUAUAAGAUCAUAGCGGAAACCUUUAGCGAACAGGAUAUAUGUGAUCUCACCGAAGUCAGUAUGUUUCCGCCACAGAAAACUGUUUGCAUUAUGCAAAAGAAUUCACCAAUGAGAAAGGUUAUUUCCUAUGGAUUGCGUAGAGUAACUGAGACGGGAAUCCUUACAUAUCACUUUAAUGUCUGGCACUCAAGGAAACCUCCUUGUGUGAAGAAAAUCGAAACCUCAGACCUUCAUGUUGAUAUGGAUACUGUGAGCUCUGCCCUGUUGAUACUACUCUUUAGCUAUGGCAUUACACUCCUGAUCCUGGGCAUUGAGAUCCUGUACUCAAAAUGGCAGUAUCGCAUUGUAAUCAGACUCAAUUGA